CAGCGUUUUAAGGUAUGUAAAAGUUCAAAGGAAAAUUGUUGCGUAUUGAAGAUUAAACCACUUUAUCCUUAUUGGAAAGCGCUUAGAUCUGGUCUCGCAUGUUACGUAUGCGUUUCAAUCAAUGGGAGCAAUCCAAGUUGCGAAGAUCCUAUGGAUGGGGCUGUUCCUGUCGAAGCCCCCUGUCGACAAGGCAGAUCAGGCUACGCAGGCUUAAGCUAUGCACGCUAUUGUGUGAAGAUCAAGGGGCGACGUGUGAGUGAUGGACAGAAAAUUUGCAUUCGACGUUGCUCCAUGCAAAAACUGGGUGGAAUUCACACACAUUGCGGACAAUUCCAUCUGUCCGAUGAACUGUACCAUGGGUGCAUAGCCACUUGCGCACAAAACUGGUGUAAUAUUGGAAGAAGUACUACUUAUCCCUUAAUUGUUGCUAUUGUGGUCCUAUUUGUGUUCCUAUUUCAUGCUAACCAAUCAUUAUGUCCCUAG